AUGGCUAUUGACUUCGGCUUACCCUUUCGAGCCCCCGAGGUCAAUCCUAUCACCUACAAGGCUCAUGCCAUUCCAUUCUUGAACCCUAUUAACAUGUACGGAAGAGUAUUUUUCUUCUCAUGGUUUGGUUUCUUCGUGGCCUUUUGGUCAUGGUAUGCAUUCCCUCCUUUGUUACAUGACACCAUCCAGAAAGACCUCAAAUUGACCAAAGUCGACGUUGCCAAUUCCAACAUCAUCGCCCUGAGUGCAACUUUGCUGGUUCGACUGAUCGCAGGCCCAUGCUGCGAUCGUUUCGGGCCUCGCUGGACAUUCACUGGUUGCCUGGUUUUGGGUGCCAUUCCCACAUUCUUGGCUGGGACUGCAUACACCAAGAGUCAGCUCUUCGCUGUUCGCUUCUUUGUUGGUAUCCUUGGUGGCAGCUUCGUUCCAUGCCAAGUAUGGAGUACUGGCUUCUUUGACAAGAAUGUAGUCGGAACCGCUAAUGCCUUCACGGCUGGCUUUGGCAAUGCGGGUGGUGGUGUGACCUAUUUCUUGAUGCCCUCCAUCUAUGACUCUCUCCUGGGCGAUGGCUUGACUCCUCACACCGCCUGGCGUGUGGCCUUUGUUGUCCCUGGCAUCGUUAUCCUGGCCGUUGCUGUGGGCCUGCUUGUGCUUUGCCAGGAUACACCCAUUGGCAAGUGGAGCGAUCGCCAUCGAGCCGCAGAGUCUCACCUCGCGGCCCAUGGUGUUCAAGCUACCAUUGUCGAUAGGCCCAGUGUCAGCAUUGCAGACAAGCCUCCUUCGGUGUCCUCAGGGUCAGGUAUUCCACCCGCAGGCGAGAAGGUGCAAUACGAUGCCACUGCCGAGCGCAAAAUGUCCGUCUAUGCUGACCACGAGGCUCAAAUGACCGAACAACAAAUGCUCGACACGGCUCGCGGCGAAAUCGUUGUGAAGCCUACGCCUAGGGAAGUCGUCAAAGCCAUGUUCGCACCUCAGACCCUCGUCCUCGCCUUCUGCUACUUCUGCUCUUUCGGCGCCGAACUCGCAAUCAACUCCAUCCUCGGGACAUAUUACCAGAAGAACUUCAAGCAGCUGGGUCAGACCACCUCCGGGCAAUGGGCCGCCAUGUUCGGCCUGCUCAACGUGGUCUAUCGCCCUGCUGGAGGCAUUUUCGCGGACCUGCUCUUUAAGCGCUUUCACAACGUCUGGGUAAAGAAGAUCUGGAUCCACACUCUGGGCAUCGUCACCGGUGUCUUUCUCAUUGCCAUCGGCAUUCUCGACCCCCAUGACACCAGCACGAUGUUCGGCCUCAUCGCCGGCAUGGCUUUCUUCUUGGAGGCAGGCAACGGCGCCAACUUCGCGCUUGUCCCUCACGUCAGUCCGCAUGCAAACGGGGUGGUCUCUGGAAUGGCUGGCGCCAUGGGGAAUUUCGGUGGUAUCAUCUUCGCCAUCGUCUUCCGCUAUCUCAAGACCGACUAUGGAAAGUCGUUCUGGAUCAUUGGCGUCAUCACAAUCGCCAUCAACGUGGCGGUUUGCUGGAUCCCACCGGUCUCAAAGAAGCAGAUCGGCGGUCGCUAG